AUGCAGUUCAGUUGGGCAUACGAUGGUGUUAACGGGUCAGUGCCGCGUAAUACUGGCCUGGAAUGUGCAGAUUACCUAUCACCUAGUCGAAAGCUGAUGGAAACAAUCGUCGUAAUACCGUUCUGUCUGAUCGCAAUCAAGUGUUCCAUAAGCAGGUUAAAACCAAUCACGUACCGACAGCUUGAUCGAACGACAACUACUGCUCUCAGUGUGAAUAGAUCACUUAGUAGCAGCAAUCACAAUCUUCACCAUUUACACUACCAGCGCAAUUUAAUUGAUUCAGAACCACGAGAUUUACUGAUGCCACACCAUCGGGAGCGAUCGUUCUCCUCUGCUUCAAUUGCCAGCGGAAUGGUAGAGGAUAUUCAUUGUCAGCGAUGUGUUCAAACGGUAUCAGGACGCGGUAUGGUAAUCCCUGGAGACAUCCUUAUACCUAGCUGGGGAAAACAAUUUCUACUUGUUACUAUGACGCUUACAUUGGGAGUUGAACUAGGCUUUAAAUUCGCUACCAGAACAGUGAUUUACAUUUUAAAUCCGUGUCAUAUAACUACCAUCAUACAGAUAUAUCUUUUAGCUUGCAAUAAACCGACUAAGAGCAGUACGGUGCUCUUUCGACUACAGAUGAACUUUUUAAACGGGCCACUGUUAGCGUUCAUGUUCCCGGAAACCGAUAGCCGACAGUUACCCAUAGAAUCAUCUAUUUACUGGAUUCAACACGCACUUAUGUGCAUUAUUCCUGUAUUUUUAUUAAGAAGUGGAGGGGUGUAUAACAUGGAAGCGUUGAAUGAUUUCACUUGGAAUAUUAUAGGCUAUGCUACUUUAAUAAUCUAUCACUUUGGAGUUCUUCAAGUGGUAGCAACUCCAGUGCAAGUUAACCUAAACCACAUGCUAUGUCCAGCACUGAAAGAUCCCUUUGAAGGUUCCAACUACCGUAUAUGUGCCGUUUUUCAUGAGGCAAUUCUGUGCACUUUGCUAUGCAAGUUGGUUACUUUUUUAUUUAGCCCGUUACCAUCUUCAAUUGUAAAUUAUCCGACGUUCAAGAAUGGAAAGGCCACGGACUCAUCACCAAUUGUUGUGGCGGCUACUGUAGGAUCCUCUACGUCUCUACCAUCACAUUUAAUAUCAUCAUCUCGUCCAUCUUCGCGUUCAUCGUCACCAGCAAAAUCAACCUCAAUACUACAAGAAAACAAUAUAAUUAUAAAGACUAGCAAAAUCGACUAG